UAAAGUUUUUUCAUAUACUACUUCUUUUGACACUUGCCUUGUAUUGCUUUUUCUUUUUCUGUGGGUUUUUUGGACUUUCAUUUGCUUAAAAUGAUAAAUUCUUGACUUUGGCUUUCAUUUUCAAAACAUUUUUGGCUAAGAGGUGCAUCUCAUGAAAAUCAUCAUUUUCAUUUUAGUAGUAACUUUUUGGCUUCAGUUUCCAGUUUUGAGGGUGAUGAAAGUUACCAAACUCUAUGCAAAAAAUCUCUGUGGUGGCUUGUCUUUUUCCUUCUGAUACUGCUACUGCAGGGGGACUUGGUAUUAAAGCUAGCCCCUUGAAAUCUGUGAUCUUGUUUGUUUGUUUUUACUAACUUAAAAAAAAUAAUUCACAUCUCUUAUUCUCGGUUUGGUUUUUAUGUUGUUAAGCAGCUACUACUACUAUUAUUAUUCAGAGAAAAGCAAGCUCCUACAUUUUUUUUGGACUAUUGUUCCUUUAAGGCAAAGGAAGAUUCCUUAUACCAUUCUCUUACAUCCUCUUCUUUUUUUCUUAAUUAUUCCCCAAAGUAUCAAAAAAAAUCAUGAAACAAAAAGCAAACAUCCCUUUCUCUUAGCUAUAAAUAGUCACUAAGGCUUUCUAGCUGGCAAGUUUUUUUUGUACUUGAACAAAAAAGAAGUCAAAACUUUUUUUGUCUACUCAUUCUUGAAGCUAAUCUUGAGAGAUCUAAUUGAAACUCCAAGAAUGGAAGAGUUUAAUGGUGGCUAUGGCAGAGAAGAAACAGAAAAAGAUGGGGACUUUGAAGAGGAAGAUGUAUGGGGUUAUGUGAAAGAAAGAGAUUCCUCCUCCUCCUCAUCAUCAAGGGUGACUAUUCCAAGAGGUAAAAGUAGUAGUAGUAGUAGUAGUAGUACUAGUAAUAAGUCUAUGUUGCAGAAAUUAUCAGGUCCUGUUAACAUUCCAGAGUGGUCCAAGAACACCAACAACAAGAAAUCAAGAAGAGUUAGUAAUAGUAUAACCCAUCAUUGCUCAUCACCAUCAUCACCAGUGGCUUAUCCUGAUAAUAAUGGUGGUGAAGUAGAAGAAGAUGGUGAUGGAAUAAUGGUGCCACCACAUGAAUAUAUAGCAAGAAGGGUUGCAAGAAAUAAGAUAGCUUCAUUCUCAAUGAUGGAAGGAGUUGGAAGGACACUUAAAGGAAGGGACCUUAGCAAAUUAAGGAAUGCCAUUUUAACUAAGACUGGUUUCUUGGAAUAGUGUAUUGUAUUAUUAGUAGCACCUAAUUAUUAACCAACAAAAUUAGGCGAUCCAUUUAUAUCAUAUUAUCAUUUUUUAAGUACCAUUAGACAACUAGUACUAGCUAGCUAGCUAGCCAAAUUAAUUAGAGGUCCACCUUCUACUAUUUUUUUUUUCUUUUCUUUCUCAUUAUGUUUAAGUAUUAUACAGCCUUCUUAUAUUGUGCUCAGAGAUGCAAUUUUGGAAAUUCUUUUUUUGUUCUAGAGGGGAAAAAAAAAAAAGGAAAGGCAGGCUCUGGGAUUUUGUCUUGAAGGUUUAUGAGAGUAUAUGUUUUGUAUUCAGUAUUAUAUAUAUCAUAUAUGAAAGAGUGGUGUUUGUA